CACGAAGCAUCUCUGCCCUUACUACUGCCGAAACAUGACCAUGAAUGAAGCUUCAGCUGCUCCUUUAAAAGGCACUGCCGCCGCAGGACUCCCCAUCAUUCGACCUUCCUCUCCACACCCCGAUCCUCGACACCUUGGUCCCAAAUCUCAACUUCUUGCAACUCGAACCUCCAACUACCACUCUACAAGUCUCCGCAACAUGGUCGCCGUCAGCGCCAGCGUCAACCGCACCAGUCUGCACCCUGGUGGCGUUACCCCGCAACAGGAGCACACUGAGCUCGAGAACGAGCUUCACGAGAAGGCACACAUCGACUACGACCGUGUAGCCAUCAUCCCCAACCCCAGUGUCGCCGCCCUCUACGAAGAUGCCCUCGUCUACGAGACCGGCUCUGCCAUCACAUCCUCUGGCGCUCUCACAGCAUACUCGGGAGCAAAGACUGGACGAUCACCCUUAGACAAGCGUGUCGUCAAGGAGCCAUCAUCAGAGAACGACAUCUGGUGGGGUCCUGUCAACAAGCCCAUGACUCCUGAGGUCUGGAGAAUCAACCGAGAACGUGCCAUCGACUACCUCAACACCAGAAAUCGCAUCUACGUCGUCGACGGUUUUGCAGGAUGGGACGAGAAGUACCGGAUCAAGGUCCGAGUCGUGUGCGCUCGUGCAUACCACGCUCUUUUCAUGCGCAACAUGCUCAUCCGUCCUGACCGAAAAGACCUUGAGCACUUCCACCCAGAUUACACCAUCUACAACGCCGGGUCCUUCCCUGCCAACAGAUACACUGAGGGUAUGACCUCAGGAACCUCAGUCGCCAUCAACUUUGCCGAGAAGGAGAUGGUUAUUCUCGGUACCGAGUACGCCGGAGAGAUGAAGAAGGGUGUUUUCACUGUCCUCUUCUACGAGAUGCCCGUGAAGCACAACGUUUUGACCCUUCACUCCUCAGCAAACGAGGGCAAGAACGGCGAUGUCACCGUUUUCUUCGGUCUUUCCGGUACUGGCAAGACCACCCUGUCAGCUGACCCUAACCGUGCGUUGAUCGGUGAUGAUGAGCACUGCUGGAGUGACCGUGGUGUUUUCAACAUCGAGGGUGGAUGCUACGCCAAGUGCAUUGGUCUCUCGGCCGAGAAGGAACCAGAUAUCUAUGGUGCCAUCCGAUUCGGUUCAGUUCUCGAGAACGUUGUUUUCGACCCAGUCACCCGUGUCGUCGACUACGACGAUGCGACUCUUACUGAGAACACUCGAUGCGCUUACCCCAUCGAGUUCAUUGAGAACGCCAAGAUUCCUUGCCUCUCAGAAAAACACCCCAGCAACAUCAUCCUCCUCACCUGCGACGCCCGUGGUGUCCUCCCCCCCAUCUCAAAGCUUAACUCCGCACAAACCAUGUUCCACUUCAUCUCCGGUUACACCUCCAAGAUGGCCGGUACCGAAGAUGGUGUCACCGAGCCACAAGCCACCUUCUCCUCUUGCUUCGCCCAACCCUUCUUGGCUCUGCACCCAAUGCGCUACGCUAAGAUGUUGGCUGAGAAGAUUGAGCAACACAAGGCUAACGCCUGGUUGUUGAACACCGGAUGGGUUGGAGCUGGCGCUGCCACUGGUGGCAAGCGUUGCCCAUUGAAGUACACCCGUGCCAUUCUCGAUGCGAUCCACUCUGGUGAGCUCGCGAACGUGGAGUACGAGACAUACGAGACCUUCAACCUUGCCGUGCCCAAGACUUGCCCUGGUGUCCCAGCUGAGCUGUUGAACCCAAGCAAUGCCUGGACUCAAGGCCACGAGAGCUUCAAGGCGGAAGUGAAGAAGCUUGGCACUCUCUUCAACGAGAACUUCAAGAAGUACUCGUCGGAGGCUACUGAGGAUGUCAUCAAGGCUGGUCCACAAGUUUAG